UUCCUCACUUAUUUUAGAAUCCCUAAAGCUCAAGCACCGUUCAAAACGUCGUCGUACUAGGUCGAGCUGUUACCAUGGCGCCGGAAUCCAACUUCUCCGACGGAAUUGAAUCCGGCAACUCUCUCCAGGCUAUCUGCUACAAGCGUGGCUCGCUUCAAUUACUCGAUCAGACAAAGCUCCCUCUGCAAAGUACAUACUUGAAUAUCCGGGACUCCACAGAUGGAUGGCAUGCAAUCAAAGACAUGGUGGUGAGGGGAGCACCGGCCAUUGCUAUAGCCGCGGCGCUGUCUUUGGCUGUGGAAGUGUUUAAUUUGGAGGAUUUUAAUGGAACUCCGGACGAAGCUUGUUCUUUCCUUAUAAUGAAACUUGAGUAUUUAGUAUCCAGCCGGCCGACCGCUGUUAACCUUUCGGAUGCUGCAACUAAAUUGAAACAGAUUGCAGCCAAGGUUGCCGCGACUUGUUCAGAUUCCAAGAGUGUGUUUGAGGCAUAUAUUGAAGCUUCUGAAAGCAUGCUCAAGGAUGAUGUUGAUUCAAACAAAGCUAUUGGGUCUCAUGGAGCGGCUUUUAUCCAGCACCACCUUGAAAAUUCUACGAGGAUUUCUAUGUUGACCCACUGCAACACUGGCAGCCUUGCAACUGCUGGUUAUGGUACUGCUCUUGGUGUAAUACGUUCACUUCAUACGGAAGGAGUUUUAGAAAGGGCCUAUUGCACAGAGACACGCCCAUUCAACCAAGGAUCAAGACUCACAGCAUUUGAGUUAGUGCAUGAUAACAUACCUGCCACUCUUAUAGCAGAUUCGGCUGCAGCAGCAUUAAUGAAGGAUGGAAAGGUGAAUGCCGUUGUUGUUGGAGCAGACCGUGUGGCUGCGAAUGGUGACACCGCUAACAAGAUAGGUACCUACAGUCUUGCCGUCAGUGCAAAGUACCACAACAUACCAUUCUUUGUGGCUGCACCGCUGACUUCCGUUGACUUAUCUCUUUCUUCUGGAGAAGCGAUAGUAAUAGAGGAAAGAUCCCCAAAGGAAUUGUUGAACACGCAUGGAGGACUCGGGGAACAAGUUGCCGCAUCUGGAAUCUCUGUCUGGAACCCAGCCUUUGAUGUCACUCCUGCUAGCUUAAUAUCUGGCAUCAUAACAGAAAAGGGUGUCAUCACGAAAAAGGGUACAGAUGCUUUUGACAUAAAGGAUUUUGUUCAAAAGGCCUGAUCGGAUUGAGUACAUAGCUAGUUAUUGCUGCGUAGCUAAAUAUGGAUGAAAAGAGAUCUAUGUGCUCUUUGUCAAAUAAUUGUGAGGAUCAUCAGUCUCUCUCCCGAGUGAAGCCAACUUUUCAAUCUUACUGGUGGAUAUAAUAACGAGGCAAGAAAAUGGCGGCAAAGUGAUGGUUUGCUUAGGUCUGUCCAUGAGUGUGAUUAGUGUUGUUUCUUUCUCAGGUUUUUGUUAUGAUAUCAUCGAGUAUGGUUUAAUGUGUAGCUGAGCUAGAUCUAUGUACCCUGAACCUGGGCAAAUAAUAAGUUUAUUUGGGUUCAAGUUCACAGAAAUGGGUAUUCUUAUAGCUCCAAUAAUCAAACGAUCAAAGGAAUAGA